AUGUCAGACAUAGUUUUCGCCAGUGCGCGUGAAUACAUAAAAUAUGCACGAAAGCUCGCAAUGAGUGAAUCUUACUCGAAGGCCUUCGACAUGUACAUUGCUGCAUUUGAGAAGAACCCCGAUUUGAAGGAGUAUCACGGGCCUGAAUUGCGGGCAGUCAUGAGUAAACUUAAUGACAUUUUAGUAUGCACUUCUAGAAUAGACGACAUUUUUAGCAACUUCUCUCGCGCCAUUUCUAUAUUUCCCGGCGACAUGUACCUGUUGAAUGAUGUUGGGAAAUAUCUUUAUAAAUUCGGUUACUAUGCCGAGGCUUUUAUUCAGUUCCAAAAGGCCCUGAAGGUGGACCCCGGAUAUGUAAAUGCCGAGAAAAAUUUAAAUUCCGUCAAGAAUAUCCUUCUAGAUAGAUGGCAUUAUAGAAUGCUCAACGACGUAAUUCGAAAUACAACCUAUCGAGCUGCACUUCAUGAAACCGUAAGGCCAGGAGACGACACCGUAUUGGACGUCGGGUCAGGAACGGGGUUGCUUUCUCUCUAUGCCCAGGAAUGCAAUCCCAAGUCUAUUGCAGCAUGCGAUAGUUCUGAAGUAAUGGCCAACAUCUCAAAUACUGUUUUACAUUCGCAUUCUGUCAAAGAAUUUAAAGUGGUUAACCAAAAUUCAGGAAGUAUACUCUCUCCAGAUAUUGGCGGAAAAUGUAGUAUUUUAGUAACGGAGCUCUUUGAUGCUGGAUUGUUUGGAGAACACAUUCUCACAACUCUAUCAUAUGCUUGGAAGAAUUUGCUUUGUGAAAAUGCAAGAGUGUUGCCACAAUCUGCAGAAUUUUUUGUUGUUGGGGUUAAUUGUAAAGAGCUUCUAUCCAAAUACCAAUUGUGCCAUAAUGCAAAGGAGCUCCUUAAAAUUAUGCAGUACAAUAUUCAUGCACACAUGGAAGAGGAAUCCUAUGACUGUGAAGAUAUAAACAGUUUUGAGACAUUAAAAUUUAUUACAGAAGAUACAGCAGUCGUAAAGGUAGAUUUCUGUGACAGCAACCAUAUAGAAGAUAAAUUGCACAAUACAGAGCCGUAUAUUACACAUCUGACUGUUACACAAGAUGGUGAAUUAACUAAUUUUAUUGGUUGGUUUAAUUUAAACCUUAGUUCCACUUGCAGGCUCACUACCAAUCCUCGAUGUUGCACCAAAGCUAAUGCAUGGCAACAGGCAGUAUUUUUUGACACUAUAUCUAGACCAGUGAAAGAAGGAGAGAAACUUGUGUGCAAGUUCUCUUUACAGUCUGGAAAAAUAUCUUUGUUAUCUGAUUCAAAUAUGGAUAUCAUAAGAGUUUCUACAGACAUGUUAAGGUUCUUAAAUGACAUGGAGUAUGUAAAGAAAAUAAUGGACUGUCUAGGUCUUGCUUGCGUUUACUUAGGGCAACUAGCGGAAAUGUCAGAUAUUACUAUAGUUGACAUGUGUCCCUUUCCGAUAUUUGGUCUGCAAAUGCUCAAAAGGGGAAUUAAAUCUAUAGUGUGUUGUCCCAAAAUGGAGAUGGACAAAACUUUUAUGCACACAGUGUUUUUGGCAAACAAUAUAGAUUCAUCCAAAAUCACAUACUUAAUGGAAGAAGAUUGGAGUAAAGAAAAUUUUGGGGAUGAAAAGUAUCACGCAAUUUUUUGCAACAUAUUGGAAUUAGCAGGAGAUAUUGCUAUACAUUAUAAGGAAAUGGGUCUUAAUCUUAAACAAACGAGUCUGCAUUCUGGGGGUCUCUUUUUACCUACUAAAACUUCUAUCAUCGCUCAGAUAGCUAAAUGUAAUUACCUGGAUACUAAUAACAGAUUAGAUGACAAAAAUGUUAGCAACUAUAAGAUCGCUCGUCACCUAAAUAAAUACCAAGCAUCACAGAACUUUUUCAUCGAUCUAUCUCGCCUAGAGUAUACUCCGCUUUCAGAACCCGUGAAUUUAGGUGAAUGUAUGGAGAUGUUACCGGAAGUUAUAAAUGUACCGAUCACUAAAACAGACGAUGCUAACUGUAUAUUGUGUUGGUAUGAAAUUGAGUUGAUGGAAAAUAUGGCAGAAAUAUCUACUAAAAGGCCAUGUAGCUUUAUAGAUGCGACAAUAUUUUUAGCUGACCCUCAUAUAUUUAUGAAGCAAGGUCGUACUGCAAAUAUCUUGCAUUGUGUAGACUCUGAUGGGUCAUUUAAAUUAAUGCUAGAUGUAGAAGCUAUGUGA